CACCAAACGCCAUCUUGAAACUGUGGCACUGGUCACAGAAGAGGGAAACGUUGAGGAUACUGCACGCAUGGGAAAAUGCUGUACUGACGUGCUUGUCUUGGAUACGCUCAUGACUUGACAGCAGCCGUGUUGACAAAACGAAUUAACUGUUGAUCUCAUGUGUUUCCCAACGACGUUACUGAUUAAAUCUUGGUUGUUCCAAAGCUGCAAUUGGAUACGAUUUUUACAGACACUGGUUGCCAGCUUUUACCGUAUGCAUAACUAGCUCGCAAAAGUCAACGGACAGAACACGUUGCAAUCCAUUGGGAAGGGAAAAUGCAAUGUCUCUGGAAUCGGAUUAUGCGCUAGCAUAACGUUAACGUUACAUUUUGGAAGGUGAAGACAGCGUUGUGAGGACCAAGAAAUGAGAUGUAUCAAAUAUAACGUUAGUCCACUACAUGUGGUGUAUUGAAACGUCUUAUUUAGCUAACGUUAGAUAAUUUACGAUAACUAGACAACUAAGUAAUUUAAACUACCUGACGCUAGCUAACGUACACAUUUUUAAGAUUCAGGUUUAAUUAGCUAUGUUCCAUGGUAUUGUUUCUAAAUUUACCUAGUUUAGUCUUAUUAGGUCAAAUAACAAUGUUGAACAAUUGGAAAUCGUUAGUAAUAUUGCUAGCUACUAGUAGUACUGUAACAUGCUAACUAACGUUUAGAUGGGUCGUUAGACCAACCUGCAACAAGUCAGUCAAUAGCUAUGUUUUUUUAAACCAUUUUGUAGUCUAGCUAGCUACACAAGUAUCACUUCUUCCAUAUUUGUGGGCAUAUUUCGUCAGGACCUUCAACUGUGUAACGUAGUAGCUGGCCAGUGGAUCUUUUGGAGUGGGUCUUCUCAACAAACACCUGUCAGCUGGAAAGUCAGUGUCAAUACCACAACAUGUUGUUGACAAUACUAGCUUGCAAACUAGCUGGCUAGUUACGUUAGUCUUUUUUUUAAUAGAUUUUUUUAGCUUUUUGCACAGACCUUCAUAACACACAGUGGAGGAGCAAACCUUUGCAGCUGUGUGUUGUGUUUAUUUCCCGGAAAUAAAAAGGAUUUCAAUUGGAUUGAAAAUGGGAGCCGCUAGCGAGCUGGCGUUCGCUGUUUUUCUCAUCUCGUUGUCCUCAGGUGCAAUCCUGGGUCGCUCGGAGACACAGGAGUGCGUUUACUACAACUCUAGCUGGGAGAAGGAGCGAACCAACCGCAGUGGCAUCGAGCCUUGCUACGGAGACAAGGACAAGAGGCUCCACUGCUUCGCCACCUGGAAAAACACCUCGGGAACCAUCGAGAUCGUCAAGCAGGGCUGCUGGCUGGACGAUGUCAACUGCUAUGACAGUAGCGAAUGUGUGGAGACGAAAGAGAGUCCGGACGUCUUCUUUUGCUGCUGCGAAGGCAACAUGUGCAACGACAAGUUCCUCUACAGCCCCGACGCGCAGGCUGUCCAAAGUAAGUCGUCAUCGACCUCCAACCCGUUUACCCAGAAGCCUCAGCUGUUCAACACCCUGCUGUACUCUCUGGUGCCCAUUAUGGGCAUCGCCGCCAUCGUCCUCUUCUCCUUCUGGAUGUACCGUCAUCACAAGCUAGCAUACCCGCCCGUCCUGGUGCCAACACAGGACCCACUGGGGCCACACACCCCUCCCUCGCCCAUCAUGGGGCAGAAGCCAUUGCAGUUGAUCGAGGUCAAAGCCAGGGGUCGCUUCGGCUGUGUGUGGAAGGCUCAGCUCCUCGACGACUACGUGGCUGUCAAGGUCUUCCCCAUUCAGGACAAGCUGUCAUGGCAGAACGAGUAUGAGAUCUACAGCCUGAGUGGGAUGAAACACGAGAACCUGCUCCACUUUAUCGGUGUGGAGAAGAGAGGCAACAACAUGGACAUAGACCUCUGGCUCAUCACAGCCUAUCACGACAACGGCUCUCUGACUGAUUACCUGAAGGCCAACGUGGUGUCGUGGAACGAGCUGUGCCACAUCUCCCAGACCUUGGCCCGUGGCCUGGCCUAUCUCCACGAGGACAUCCCUGGGCUGAAGGACGGACACAAGCCCGCCGUCGCACACAGGGACAUGAAGAGCAAGAACGUGCUUCUGAAGAACAACCUGACAGCCUGCAUAGCGGACUUCGGUCUGGCCCUGAAGUUUGAAGCUGGGAAGUCAGCAGGAGACACCCACGGACAGGUGGGCACGAGGCGCUACAUGGCCCCUGAGGUGCUGGAGGGGGCCAUCAACUUCCAGAGAGACUCCUUCCUGAGGAUAGACAUGUACGCCAUGGGGCUGGUGCUGUGGGAGCUGGCCGCUCGCUGCACCGCUGCAGACGGUCCUGUGGAUGAGUACACACUGCCCUUCGAGGAGGAGGUCGGCCAGCACCCGUCUCUAGAGGACAUGCAGGAGGUGGUGGUCCACAAGAAGCUACGGCCCUGCCUCCGAGAGUGCUGGCAGAAACACACAGGCCUGGUGAUGCUGUGCGAGACCAUCGAGGAGUGCUGGGACCACGAGGCCGAGGCGCGGCUCUCGGCGGGCUGCGUGGAGGAACGCAUCAUCCAGAUGCGACGCCAGACCAACAUCGUCGCCCCCGAGGAGAUUGUCACCGUCGUCACCAUGGUGACCAACGUGGACUUCCCUCCCAAAGAGUCCAGCCUAUGAAUGGACGGACAUUGACUGGACGUGUCAGGUGGUGGACAUGGAGCUAUUUUGACUGGAUGUUUUCAGGUACACAUUGAUCGACCAGAGUGGCCCGUUCAGGAUCAUGAACUCUGGGUGAUCCCGGGUUCAUUUCUGACCCUUGACCCCCUCAGAUGGGCGUGCUGGCAUGGCGUGGUUGUGUUUUAGUGCUGGGCGCUACACUACUGUCAUUCAGGAAAUACCUGGCUGUGCCCACCAACACUGGUUUGGUUUCUACCCACUUCAUAGUAUCACGAUGUGUUGGAUUCAGAUGGACUCCCAUAGCGAGCCUCAAACUGUACAACAGACUCCUUCAAAAGAGCAACACUAGGUCGUAACAAAACGCUGUGAGCUGGGCAAAAGGGAUAUUUUAUAUAUGAAGAAAACACUAGGACCGCCUAACAGACUUCUGUUCUAUUUUCUAAGAAAAAGAAGAGGGAGAGGAUGGACUCUCCAAAAGGAACUGUUACGGCUCAGUGAAGGAAAAAGGGCAACUUGUUUUAAAAUUCCUUUGCGGUUUUCUUUCUGUGUUUAAAUGAUAAUGACAACUUGUAAUGCCAAUAAGAAACAGCUUCUGAAUGUCACGUGUACUGCUGCUGUACAUCAUAUCAAAACAAUAGCAGUCAAGGUUUAUUUUAGGGGGGUGGGGGGGGAUCCAUGUCCAAGCGUUACUACUUUGAAAGCAAAACCAUAGACCUCCCUCAAAUCAACAAGGUAUACCUCAGUUCCAUCUUCAUUACAACACUGCAACUCUAGAGACAGACCUACUGUUGUUUCUAGUUCUAUUAAGUAUAUUUCUGUGACGACAACAAUCUCUCUGGAAACCGUUCAGAUGACAUCAUUACUUUGGUAUUAUCGUACUGUAUACUGUACAGCUGUGGCAGGUGAAAAUAGAACCAUUAUCACCACAGUUUUUUUUAAACUAUCCCGCCAAGAGUUGUAUGACCAUACAUUUACACACAUCUGCCUUCUUGUUUUUCUUCUUUGCACGAUUUUUUUUGUCCUUGUUUUUUUCCUUAUUAUUUUUCUUAUUUUGUCCUUCCUUGCGGUUUGAAUUAGUGUUUUAUUGAAAACAUGUUACUCCUACAUUUUAAGAGUAUUUCAAUAACCCCCUAACUCAUUGAAAAUGAUUUUAAAAAAGCACUUCUUCCUUAUUUUGGCUUGCUGUGUCAAUCGAGUAUUUAAUGAUGUGAGCAUGCCUUUUGGUUAUCUUUUGGUCUUCUUUUUAAACAAGCUCAGGAAGCUACUCUUCUGUCUCUCUUGACUCCCUAGUUAUUAUCCAUCUGUAUCUCCCAGUCCCUAGCUACUUCUCGAGUCCCUAGCUACUACCCUUCUGUCUCUCCUGAGUCCCUUGCUUACUACCCUUCUGUCUCUCCUGAGUCCCUAGCUACUACCCUUCUGUCUCUCCUGAGUCCCUUGCUUACUACCCUUCUGUCUCUCCUGAGUCCCUAGCUACUACCCUUCUGUCUCUCCUGAGUCCCUUGCUACUACCCUUCUGUCUCUCCUGAGUCCCUAGCUACUACCCUUCUGUCUCUCCUGAGUCCCUAGCUACUACCCUUCUGUCUCUCCUGAGUCCCUAGCUACUACCCUUCUGUCUCUCCUGAGUCCCUAGCUACUACCCUUCUGUCUCUCCUGAGUCCCUAGCUACUACCCUUCUGUCUCUCCUGAGUCCCUAGCUACUACCCUUCUGUCUCUCCUGAGUCCCUAGCUACUACCCUUCUGUCUCUCCUGAGUCCCUAGCUACUACCCUUCUGCCUCUCCUGAGUCCCUAGCUACUACCCUUCUGUCUCCAGUCCCUAGCUACUACCCUUCUCUCUCUCUCUCCAGUCCCUAGCUACUACCCUUCUCUCUCUCCAGUCCCUAGCUACUACCCUUCUCUCUCUCUCUCCAGUCCCUAGCUACUACCCUUCUCUCUCUCUCUCCAGUCCCUAGCUACUACCAUUCUCUCUCUCUCCAGUCCCUAGCUACUACCCUUCUCUCUCUCUCUCCAGUCCCUAGCUACUACCCUUCUCUCUCUCUCUCCAGUCCCUAGCUACUACCAUUCUCUCUCUCUCCAGUCCCUAGCUACUACCCUUCUCUCUCUCUCUCCAGUCCCUAGCUACUACCCUUCUGCUUUGAGACGCGGGUGACCUUUCACACUGACUCUCUCGCUUCCUGGUGCCAUCUCAACCGUAGUGUUAAAACAUCUCUACUUCUAGCCUCUCUAUCAUCUCAACUCAGUUGAGCCUUUUAAUCAGUGUGACAACGUUACUACUGUAGACCCACCCUGGGCAAAACAAGGAUGACUCUUGUCGUCCUUCCGGAAUUUGAAUGUGAAUGUGUUCUAUAUUCCAUUUCUAGCUUGUUGUAUGAGCUCAGAUUUGUCUUCUGGGUGACAUUGACACAGGUGAUGAUGCGUUCAUCUUUGCAUUCUCUCUCUUCACACCUAGUCAGUGUUUAAACUGGAAUUACAACAUCUUCAACAACGUUCAGGGAUUCAAUACUAUGCUUUUCAGUAAUUACUACAGUAUAUGCAACCCGUGCAGAAUGGUGCAACGUCCGUACUUGCAUUGCUGCAGGAGCGACUUUCACACCACUGUAGCAAUUAAAAAAAACAUUUUUAAUCUUGUCUAUUGAUGUUUUAAUGAUUUGCUGAGCUUUUGGGUACUAGACAGAGAGCAGGUGGGCAGGUGCCAACUCAAACAAUUAUUACUUUACCUCUAUCUGAAAGACAGUGGAACGGACUUAGGGAAAGCCCAACUGUAUUACUAGAUUGUGGCUGUACUCUUGGGGGUAAAGGCUGCAGUUGGCCAGUGGUCUCGCAGCGGAUGUAGGCUCUAUCGCAAUUAGUAUUUUUCCUUGAUUCCUCACAUCCUAUCUCCUUGCCUAAUAUGGUUGAGGAGGAGGAGAGGGGAUGUGAGGAUUCAAGGACAUUUUAAUUGAGAAAGCCAUAGAAUGGUGGCCGUUACUGUGAAAUCCCCCCCCCCCUCCCUCGCUACACACUGGAAGCCUGUAGCGCUCAGCAAUAGCAACUAGCAAGCAAAGGGCAUUGGAGGAAGAGUGGAAGGGGCACCAGUUUCCAAGCAGUUAGUGGUGAACCAACAGUCUGAUAUACAAUCACUACAGUACUACUGCAUUAUUUUGGUUGUCGUAUGUGCUUCUGAGAAAAAAAUACAUAUGUAGCCAUGUUGUGGUCCUCUGAUGAUUUCUGGUAUUUUGAGGAUAUCAUUUUGUGUACAUGAUUUUAUUUUUAAACCACAACUACUUCUACAAAGCUGAUUUCACUGUACAGGCGUUUUAAACCCCGAGCCACACUACAAUCUUCUUAGUUGAUCAGACCUUGGCCUUCUUGUGAGAGUUGACUUUCUUUCAGAUAAACUUCAGAAAGCCCAAAUAACAUUUGACUUCAGAUUUGACUGGGAUAUUGAAAUGCACAUUAUGUAAAUAUAUAUGUCAUUUUUAGAUCGUAGAGGAUGGAUAUAGCAUGAGGUUGUUUCUAUUGUUAUUAGAAUAUAUCACAAAGACGGGGAAAAAAUCCCAGAUAAAUGAAUUAUUACAUAAUAAGAUUUUACCUGUUUUAUUUUGUAUAUCUAUGUUUUUAUAUUGUAUCAAUUUAUGGCCCAAAACGGUCACUCUUCCUUCCCCAGGUGAGACUCAUUUCUUUCUAAGGUGGUCUGAUGAAAAUCCCCUCAAAUGGAACCCUGAAUCAACGGUUAUAUACCAUUUUCACACUACUGAGCUGAGCCGAACCGAGUUGGAUAGAGAUGGCCUGGUUAAGCAUCCACCAUAGUUGCUGGAAGAAAACUGAAAAUGACAAUGUGAUCGGAAAAUAUCAGAGCCAGCAAAGUAUGGUUCGGGUUGGCUCUGUAGUGUGAAAAUAGUCAUUGUUUUACCUCAGACAUCCUAGCUCAGACCCUUAUGUUACACUACAACAUUGAGAUGCCAUUGCUACAAUGUUCCAGCAGUGUUGCAAGAAUGUUAUUCCUUGUAUGUGACCAGCAGACAGUGUUUUCUGUAACACACUUCCUCUCAAAACAACCCUAAAGCUAAACCUAGGUUAGCUUCGGUUCUGUAUUUGCUGAUAGUCGAACAGUGUGACUUGGCACAAAUGACUGUUCUAUUGGCAAGUGGACUUGCCAAUCAUUUUUAUGCUUUGAAGUUAUUUAACAAACUUUUUCAGAUGCCUGGUUGGAAGUGGAUGUUAAAUAUUGUACAGAGAAAUUGUAUGCUAUUGUCCCUAAAAUAAAGUAUAGUGACUGCUCAUUA